AAGAAAACAAAAACCCAUCCACACCCCACACUCGCCGGAGCGACGCCAAGCAACACCAUCAUCGCCUCCGGCAGGCAACCCGAGUCUCCCCAUCGUCACCUCCAGCCACUUCACUUCCCCACCCUUCGCCGCCGGUGCUGCGCCGCUUGCUCGCCGCCUCCUAGAGCGGGCGGGGGACCACCAGGUACACCACUCCGUCCGUGCCCGGUGUUGUCUUCCCUUCGCCCCUCUUCCAGCUCUCCGAUUCCACCCGCGCGCCGGAGCUGGGAGGGAGGAAACCAGAUGCUGUUCUGUUGCUCUCUCUCGCCCCCGGGAAUCCAAACUUAUCCGCUCCCACCAUUCCAGCAGCAGAGCAGCUCCCCGCGGAAAGUACGCAGCUUCCGCCGGCACAAGAGCAGCAAGGCCGAGCAUCAAUAUUUCGGGGCGCAAUCUUUCCGGACCGGGGACCAACCCUUGCGUGCCCAAGCGCAUCCAGAUGGUGGCUACGGCCCUCCGGAGCAAGACCCUGAGGCGGAGGGGCACUCGCCGGGCUCCCCGGACGCGGAGACGCUUGCUUCCUGGCUGCGUUCUUGCGGCACCGUGGCCGAUGUUCGGCGAGUGCACGGGGUUGCUGUGCGGUCGCCAGAUGGUCCGGGGAUUUUUCUGGCUAAUAAUUUGAUCACUUCAUAUGCGAGGUUCCAUGAGAUUUCAGACGCGAGGAAGGUGUUUGAUGAAAUGCCUGAGAGGACUGUUGUGUCGUGGACGGCUAUGAUGAAUGGGUAUCAGAAAUCGGGCAACUACAGUGAGGUCGUCAGGCUGUUCUUGGAUAUGAUGGCCAGCGGGGAGCGAGGUAACAGCUUGAGUCUCGUUUGCCUGUUGAAGUCUUGUGGUGAGCAAUCCAAUGCUAAGCUAGGGCGGCAGGUCCAUUGUUGUGUUGUGAAAGGAGGGUGGAGCAAUGUGAUUCUGGAUAGUGCCGUCGCACACUUCUAUGCUCAGUGUGGUGAUGUUGCCAGUGCUUCAAUGAUGUUCGAUAAGAUGACCUCUCGUGAUGUCAUCUCGUGGACAACAAUGAUCACAGCUUAUGUGCAGCAUGGGCAUGGGGAUAAGGCCCUUCAGAUGUUUCCGGCGAUGAUCUCUGAGGGAUUUCACCCUAACGAGUUCACGGUGUGCAGCAUCCUCAAGGCUUGCGCAGAAGAGAAGGCUCUAAGAUGUGGGAAGCAGCUGCAUGGUGCUCUUGUGAAGAAGUUGUUCAAAAAUGACAUCCAUGUCGGCAGUGCUCUUGUUACCAUGUAUGCCAGAAACAGGGAAGUGUCUGAUGCUCAGGCAGUGUUUGAUAUGAUGCCUAGAAGAAACACUAUUACAUGGACUUCUCUGAUCUCGGGCUAUGCGCAGAGUAGCCAGGCUGAAAAGGCUAUCAUGUUGUUUCGACAGAUGAAGACGCGACGGGUGUCUGUUAACAACCUUACCAUUGUUGGUCUUCUUAGUGCCUGUGGCUCCAUAAGAUCACUCAGUCUUGGUAAGGAACUGCAUGCACAGGUAAUAAAGAAUUCGAUCCAAGAGAAUCUUCAAAUUGGGAGUACGCUUGUUUGGUGCUACUGUAAAUGUGGAGAGUAUACAUAUGCUGCACGAAUUCUAGAAGAAAUGCCAGACCGUGAUGCUGUCUCAUGGACAGCUAUGAUUUCAGGCUACAAUAGUGUUGGUCAUAGUGCUGAAGCACUCAAGUCAUUAGAUGAUAUGUUAUGGGAUGGUGUGACUCCAAAUACCUACACUUAUUCCUCAGCUUUGAAAGCCUGUGCGAAACUAGAGGCUCUGCAAGAUGGAAGGAGGAUUCACGGUGUUGUUAACAAGACUCCUGCCUUCUCAGAUGUGUUUGUGGGAAGCUCAUUGAUCGAUAUGUACAUGAGGUGUGGAAAAGUUGACGAAGCUCGACGAGUCUUCAACGCCAUGCCAGAACACAACUUGGUAACAUGGAAAGUGAUAAUUACAGGAUUUGCUCAGAAUGGCCUCUGUGAAGAGGCUUUUAAGUAUAUGUACCUAAUGCAGCAACAAGGGCACGAUGCUGAUGACUUUAUGUUUUCAAAAGUUCUGACAUCAUGCGGUGAUCUUCAAUGGAAGUCAGAUUCCAUCUCUUUUUCUGGUUCGAAUACUGGUUCACUAAGAUAGAUUUGUACUUGUUGUGCUAAUGUUAUCAUAAAGCUUCACAUUUUACCAGCUGGACAACUAUGAACCAAAUGUGAUGCACAUGUGGCUCUGCUGACUUCAGAGUGGUUGACCGGUUGGCAUAAUGUUGCAGCUCAUGCUAAAAAAAGGUGCCCCAUGUGGAGGUCUUUCAACAUGUUUCAUCUAGCAGACUAAGGCAUAGCCUAGUGAUGGAAAGGGGUUGAUGCCUUCCCACCCACCCAGGUUCAAGGCAUGGUACUUGCAAUUUGGGUUUGUUGCACCAAUUAUACUGUAGGGACCUCCCGUACCGUCUUUCUGUCAAAAAAAAAAAAGUUUCAUCUAUCCUCAUGGACUAUGGAUUUUUCCCAACUGGAGAUUCCAUGGAUACUAUAAACCUGUACUACUCUUUGUAUUGCUCCACACAAUAAUUUUCUAUGUGAAUAAACGGUUAUUUUGCUGAUUAUUUUAUUUUGUCUUCCACUUCUUGAAACAGGCCUUAUGACUGCAGAAAGUCAGACGGAGAAUCAUGCAAAGGGCCUACAGAUGCAAACAUGGCAGUUACGGAAACGGCCAAUGUGGAUGCUGGAGAGGAAAAGGUAAAGAUAAUCAAAUCUGGCUUUGAUCUAGUUUUGGACAGGCUGAUGGUGUUUGGUAAUGAAUAAUGAUAUUGUCGCAGCAGAAAGAAAGAAAGCUCUAAGAAUAUCUGCCCUUUCCUUCAAUUUUUUUUAUUUUACAUUAACUUUUUUUAAAAUAUGUAUAGAAAAAUUUCCCAACUUGACAAAUCCCAUGAACGCUUUCAGAUACAUAAUAAAAUCUUUGUUUUAAGGUGCGUUUUCUUGACUUUUGACUGUGCUCAUCUUGCCCUAAUCUCGAGUCCAGGUCACAACUGUUGGAAAUGACAGCCUCUCCCUUAUGGCACGGUAGCAGCACUAAGCAGCUUUCCCUACACCUUAUGGCAGCACAAAUAAGUUAAUAACUAGAGAACAGAGUGAUGAUUUUGGUGCUGCAAAGCUGGGUAGUAGUAGCGUAUUAAGCCAUAUUCAUGGAGUACAAGUAUUCGUGUUGUAAUGGACUUUGGCUACUGAACCUGGACAGGUUCAAGCUGCUUCUAGUGCUAAUUAAAUGAGCUACAAAAUAUCUAAAUUCUAGGCUACAAUACCUAGUGUGUGUACACACACAAAUGUAUAGAAACGAGAUUUUGCUACUAGAACAGCCAAGCAAAAAAUAGUGAUCAAGACGUGUCUUUACGGAUGGGAACUCUGUUUAUCUAGGCAAUUCCUCAUAUCUGAUGCACCUCGACAGCCACCAUGGUUGGUUUGCCUUCCUUUGAAGCAGAAAGACAUAUCUAGUUUGACACUGCUUUGAGUUGCCUCCAAAUACAUGUAUCACCUAUUGCAAUGCCGACAUUCCAACUAUGGUUCAUCCCUGCCAUCCUAAUGUGUUUCCCAUCAGGUUUUUUACCAGAGAAAAGGGGCAAUGCAAUAAAAAGCAGGCAUAAUUAGCUUAAUAACAUAGCUGAGAUGUGUAGGUUCCAAGUAACGUGAGCGUUAGGACUUCACCAAGGGGGCUUGCACAUUAUUGUUAUGUCCAGCACCUUGGUGUUCCUGAAUGAUCUGUUGCAUCUGAAAUUUAUUUGGUGCCUGUGAGAAAGAUUCUGAUAUAGGAAGAUGCAGUGUAAUAUACUCCCUCCGUUCCUAAAUAUAAGUCCUUUUAGAGAUUUCAAUAUGAACUACAUACGGAGCAAAAUGAGUGAAUUUACACUCUAAAAUAUGUGUAUGUACAUCCGUAUGUGGUCUCUAGUGAAAUCUCUAAAAUGACUUAUAUUUAGGAACGGAGGAAGUAAUCAUUAGAGGGCAAUAACAAAAGCAUGUUUCAGUUGCAAUGUUUUUUAUGAUGUACCUCUAAUGAAAUAUGCGACAGGCCGUGAGAAAGAAAGUAGGCGGAGGAUGGGAUCCCACUUAUACGAAGAGACGUUUUUUUCCCAUGUCGGAGAUCAGUGUUACAAGCCCGGUUUCCUGUGAAGGUGUAUUCAGCGUAUGCAUGCUCAGAUCGUAGGUCUGGGCUUAAGCAUGGACAGCCCCUUGUCUCUUUGAGUAGUAACUUAACGGCCAAUCGAUCUACUCCAACUCCAAAUCAUAAACUUGGUCCAGUGCGAAGAAUCUCUCCACUUACAAGCAAUAAUCAGCCCAGAAGGUGCUUUAUCACUGCUGCUAUGCUACUUGUGCAUUCAGGCUCUUGAAGGUGCUAAAGUAGAGUAGAGAGGUAUGCCAGUUGUUUCAUCUCCCUGUGCCAAGUUUUCUGAACAUUUAAAUGCCCCACAUAAACACAUGGGAAGAAAGAAUUUCGUGAUGCGCCUUUAACUAGGAUUAGUCGUUGGUGGUUCAUUAAGGAUUGGUGAUUUGCUCGAUCGAUAGGGUUAGGUAUUCUAUUAUUGUGUCUUUUCCCUCGAUGUUUGUAAGUUUGUAGUCUCCAGGUUCUUCUACUUCAAGGGCUACGCCAAGCUUGGGUAUGUUUGCUUGGUUGGCAAUGACAAUGAGCAACCCUGCUGUUAUUUAUUUCCUCCAACUGGUCAUGUGCAGAUACUUCAGAUGAUAGUGACAUCUAAAUCCUUGUGGACGUGAAGCAAAGUUUGAGGUUUAUAUGUUGUUGCCAUCUUUAA